UUGAGAUCAAUUCAUUCAGUAUUUCAUAUUCAAUGUCCGCUAAGAAAUCAUCUGAGGCCGACGACGUGCUCGACUUUUUGAACUCGUUGCCAGAGAAGGCCGCCCCAGGCGCCACUCCAGAUACCCCCAAGACUGGGGCCAAGGAUGAAGACCUCUUGGGGUUCUUGGAUGAAUUGGCCGCCGAGGAUACCAAGAAAAAGGCUCAGAGGUCAACCACGGCUACUCCGGUGCCGAUCGCCAAAGAAGCGGUUGAAGUCAAGGAAACCGAGCCUGAGCAUAAGCAACCGACAGAGGUCGGUCCUGAUGAGACAAACCAGGAUGAUGAUGAUGUAAUCGAUCUUCCCGAUCCGAUUGCGUCAAUCUCCAACUGGUGGUCUUCGGGGGCCUCCACCAAGGUCAGCUCCUUCUGGGGCAGCGCUUCGGCAAAGGCAGAAGAGGCGCUCAAGCAAUUGGAUCUUAACGCCCGUGAGGAACAGUUGACCCAAGCGCUACACGACGUGGCACAGACCACAAAGGCUUCGGUUAACGUGGACGAAGCACAAAAGGCGAUGGAUUCGUUAUCAAAGAACAUCAGUCUCUUCGGCAACAGGUUCACUGACGUGGUGAUGAACACGUUGGUGAACGGCGGCGUCGACCCUGUCGAGGUAUUGAAAAUCAGCUUAGUGCACGAUGUGAAAAACUAUCACUAUAUCGACUCCUUGGUGGCGCGCAACUUCAGACGUGUCAUGAGCCAGGUAGAGGGCGGCGUGAGUGUCCAUGUGUCCAACUCGCAACCUAAAGCCGACGAAAGCUCUGAUGAAGAGCAGGUGAGAAAUUUGAACAUCUUCACCGGAAAGAUUUCCGACGGGGAAAAGUUGGCCUUUGCCAACUUGGAAGACGCUAUCAAGCACUACAAGGAGACCAAGGAGGACGCCAAUCCUACCAAGCGGUCAGAUAUGUUCAUCACGAUCCAGCCUAUUUCCAUCCCGUCGUCCAGCACAGACGAGGAAUCCUUAAUCACUAUCGACUCCUUCUCCGCCAAUUCCUUUGCGUUCACCAUCAUCUUGAAGGACAUCAGCCACGAUAUUACCAUCAUCACCCGUUCUCAGCCGUUCCCACUUAAGUGGGCUGAGUGGCUCGACGGGUCGGCCGUAGGCUCUACUGAGGGUGAAGAGAAGGAUGGUGAGGCGGCUGCGAGCUUACAGGAUGUAGACCCGGCGGAAUGGGUCAAGGAGUGGAUCUACGACGGGUUGAACUUGAGCUUCGGGGUGGUAGCGCAAAGUUAUGUGGUGAAGAGAAUGGGAUUUUAGCGAAGGCGGAGUAUUACGAGCUUAGGCUUAGUGUUGUAUCGAGAAUGAAUAAAUUUUGUAAAUUUAUGUGGUG